GAAAAUAAAAGCAGAAUCUAUUGACGCCGACGCUCCCCUGUUAAUACGGCGUGUGAGUCGAAUGCAGAAAAAACCAACGCAAAAGGUUCAAGAGAUAUCCCACGCUGAAAGGCAGAGAGCUGAUCAAAUUUCACGACUCAUGGCAUCCAAAUACUUAGAAAGAAUGGCCCACGAUAAGUAUUUUCUUACGGCACUUUGCAAGGACGAAAGACUUUUGUCAGCGAACAAGCAAGGAUCUAUAAAAUUACAGGACUUGGCUAAACAAGCACUUGCCGACGUUGAAAAUAGACAGGCCGUUCUCCGUAAAAGACGCCCGUUAUACGCCGCUCGUUCAUCUGAGGUUGCAGCGCGCGCUCGGCUGUUCCGUGCCCGGAAAGAACAAUUGACGCGCGCUCAACGUCAACACACAAUCGACGCUCAAAGAUUGAUUCAUGCGGCCCAAUCAGCUUACGAGGAAAGGGACGCUGCGAAAUGCUUGGAAAGCGCCGAAUUCGCAAUGGAGCAGAUCUCGCGGAAAUCAGCCCGCCUAUUGCCGGCAAAGGAGAAAUAUUUGCAACAGCUGUAUGAUAUCGUGGCAAAAGCGUUUUUGGAACAGAAAUGCGUCAAGGAAUCCAUGAGCGAGUCUGACCGUGAAAAGAGGGCGUUCAUACUUCUUGGAAUGUACGUGUCCCGGGAGCCGAGCAGGGACUCUGUGCUGAAAGCCAGACCACCAGCGCCCCCAAGAGAUGUCAAGCAACGUCUGCGUACUAUGGAGCGAGCUUUGUCCAUGAGCACGAGGCCUUCAGAAAGAUGCUAUCUCCUCCACGAACUCGCCAGACUUCAUGCGGAUACCAAGCAAGCGCAAAGAGCUCGAUUCUUUGCUUUGAAAUGCCAAACAGUGGCAAGGUCUUCAGACCAGCGUAUCUGGUUAUUGAACGCGUCCUUCUUGCUGGCGCGUUGUCACUUGCAGCAAAACAACAGGCCCGAAGCGCGGGCGGCACUCAUUGAAAGUGCAGCACUCGCAAAAUCAUAUGAUUACGAAGAAGUGGCACAAUUCCUAGACACGGUAUGAAACAAGAUUGU